AUGGACAAUACAGAUACUGUAACAGCUCAACCACCACAUGUUUUACCAAUAGACAUAUCAGUUACGUUACCCUCACAUGCAAUACCAAUAGACAACAAAGGUACUGUAUUAGCUCAACCACUCCCUAUUACCCACACAUACAGACAAUUUGAAAACCAAUUAAACCACAAUCACCAUCCCCAGGCAAAGUUUUGGUUAAAUGUAGUGCAACAAGGUACCACCAAGAUGAAGUUUGAAUACAUUGUUCCGACCACUGAAACCUCAAAUGUGAUUGAACUACCUAAAGAAGUGGUUGAUGAAGGACUAAAAUUCUGGAGCUCGUAUCACUUGGUUGGGUUCUCAACUCAUAAGAAACUUCCUUACAAGGUGGUACAGACUGCUGUAACAAAAUUGGGGAAAUCAUUUGGCCUAACCAAUACCAUCCAAGGGGAGAACAACACCUUCAUCUUCAGAUUCAAGAGCUCUAUAGAGGUUGACACUAUUCUGUCUCAUGGUCCAUGGUCAUUAGCUGGACACCCUUUUUCAUUACUGAAAUGGAACCAACUAAACCAAUCACAUCCAUCUCACUUAGGCAGUCUACCAAUUUGGACCAAGUUCUACAAUAUACCACCUAACUAUUGGACUGCCAAGGGUUUAAGUUACAUUGCAAGUGCUGUUGGAGAGCCAUUUUAUGCUGAUGAAGCCACUGAAGCAAUAACAAAGCUGAAGUUCGCCAGAAUCUGCAUCAACUUAAAUCUGAACAAACCUCUCAAACAUGAAAUCCAACUCAAAAUGGAUGACUCGUCCUUUGUGGAUAUCAGGAUUGAGUAUCAAUGGUUACCAAAGAUCUAUGGAAAAUGUAGGCAACUCAAUCAUUCAGAUGCCAAUUGCCCUCUCAACUACAUUAACCCCACUCACAGAAAAGGGACAACAACUUCACCAUGCACAAAGGACCACAGCCCUGCAAUCCAACUAGUUUCUGAAUGGGUAACAGUGAGGAAGAAGAGAAAUAAAGUCCCACAAAAGAAGAAGAACAGGAACUCCAAGUUUCUCGAGCCUACAGUUGAGGGAUGCAAUAAGACUAUUGCAGCAACAGUUUCUCCAACUCAUGCCAAGUGGACCACAUCCCCCUACUUUCAACCACUAUCUUCACUCAGUGAUCCUGGUUGCAGCAUCCAGCUAGUCAAUAAAAGGAACAUGACAGCAAGAAGCUUGAAGAAAAUUGCAAGGAUAAAAGAGAAUGCCAAACCUGGAAGGUUGAAUCAACCCUCUAUACAAUCAGAGAUUAAGAAAUUAAUCUCCGAGAGAAAACUGGAUAUUGUUUCCAUAGUGGAGACUAAGGUAGUUAAGCUGAAUGUGGCAGCUAUCCAUAGAUUUAUUGCCCCUAACUGGCCUAUUACAAACAACUUUUCUUUCUCUGAAUUAGGAAGAAUAUGGAUUAUGUGGAACCCAAGUAAUGUUAAUCUCUCAGUUCUUAACUGCAGUAGACAAGCAAUCCAUUGUUCCAUCUCAGUUAUUGGUCAACAUACCUCAUUUUUUACUACUUUCAUCUAUGCUGCUAAUUGUGCCAAUGAAAAACAGAUCCUGUGGGAUGACAUAAUCCACCAUUCAGCCGUCUUUGCAGACUCUCCAUGGCUUUUAAUGGGGGAUUUCAAUGCCAUUCCCAAUAGAGGAGAGAAAUAUGGUGGUUCAAAGAAAUGGUCAUCAGCUAUGACAGAUUUCAAGGAGUGUUUUCAAUCUGCAGAAUUGGAGGACCUAAAAUUUUGUCGUAUUCUCUAUUCUUGGUCCAACAAAAAUAUAGGAGAAGCUUGCAUUAUAAAGAAACUCGACAGGGCUUUGUUCUUAAAGCUUGGAACACUUACAUCAAAGGAACUGCAAUGUUCCAAGUUGUCCAAAAACUCAAGUUACUUAAACCUAUCCUAA